AUGUCGAUCCAACUUCCAGGGUCGGUCCUGAGUAGAACUCUGCGCAGCCGGCUGAUCCAGCAACGACUUGCGAAUACAGGCGCAUUCACCCUAAGUCAAAAUCUACCCUCCAAUGCGUCCCGAUCAUACUCCACCAACGCCGCCGAAGAUAUACCCGCCGAUCAUGAGCACGAGACCUCGCCCAAACCACCGCCGAAGGUAGCAGACAAUGUCAUCCCCGAGAGCUGGAAAGGUCACAAGGAACACUUUGCCGGCCGCAAAAAAUCUAAUGGUGGCCUGUCCUGGAGCCAACAGGCGUCCAAGGCAGAAAGGGCCUCGUUGAUGGCGAUUGCCUCCGGCUCAGCUCCCGACGGCGAAGAAAGCACCUCCCGCAAGACUCUUGAGUUAGAGUUAAAAUGGCUCGCGGAUCCUCGGGCUUUGGCGGACCGGGUUGCGCGUAUCCUGCAGAGCGGUGAUGUGGCAAAAGCGGCCGCUUUAGUUCGGCAAGCACAGAGGGACGGGAUGAGUUGCGGUGUUGCGUGGAAUAACUUGCUCCAAUAUUUUAUGGACCGAGGCUGUACCGCGGCAGCAUUCAAGCUUUAUAACGAUAUGAAAAAACGAGGCCGGAUGCCAAACUCGAGAACGUACACAAUCAUGUUGACGGGUUUCCGCAAAGCCCCGGAGGGUACGCCGAGCAUAGUCAAGGAUGCGCUCCGUGUUUAUCGUUCGAUUUUCGCCGAGAACUCCCCAGUCAAGCCCAGCAUCAUCCAUACCAACGCGAUGCUUUCGGUCUGCCAGCGACACAGUGAUAUGGACACGCUGUGGCGCAUUGCGGGUGAACUGCCGGAAGAAGGACCAGAGGCACCCGACAUGGUGACUUACAGCACUAUCCUGACCGCUAUCCAAUUCGCAGCCCAUACCGACGUCCUGAGAAUGGAUCGCAACGAAAUUGAACGAAUUAUUUCACGAAAAGCUCAGAUGGUCACUGAGGGCAAGCGAAUUUGGGCCGAUGUCGUCUAUCGCUGGGCAAAGGAUCAGACGCAUCCGUUGCCCAUCGAUAAUCAGGUGGUUGGCUCCAUGGCCAGUCUACUUCUGCAGGGUGCCCAUGAUCGCGACUUUUACGAUGUGUUCGCUCUUUAUCACCAAACCAUGGGAAUUCCCAUCUUUGCAAAGGUCCCAGCCGAAAUCCCUAACGGCGCGCGCCGUAGGGUCGAGCGAGAACUUGACAGAAGGUCCAAGUCAGAGCUGGAUUCGAAGAUGGAAGAUGAUGUCCCAUUCGUCGACGAGGAUAACAAGUUGCUGAGACGGAUCAAAAAUGAGACAUCUGUCGAGGAAGAGGAGGAGGAGAACUUUGACUCUCUCUUCGAUCAGAUGGUCCCAGGCUCCGAGAACUUGACCUACCUCCAACCCGACAACAAGGAUCUUACUCUGAUUCUGGAGGCUUGCCUCAAAAUGACUCAAGGUGUCUCCACUGGCACUGUUUACUGGGAUCACUUAACCAAAGAAGACAAUCCAGCCCGUGUCGAGCCCGACAAUCUCUCCUUUAUCGAAUAUUUCCGUCUGCUCCGUGUCACGCGGUCGAGCAACACUGCCACUCGUGUCAUGCGCGAGCAGAUGGUCCCUGCAGGCCUGGCCAACGGGAAGGCAUUCCAUGUUGCUCUGUCGUCCUGUCGCCGUGACCGCAACAACCGCAAAGUUCUCGUCCACGCGAACGAGCUCCUCGACUUGAUGUCUCAAUCAUGUCUUCUUCCCGAUCCCCGCUCACUAGGCACCUACUUGGAACUGGUCCAAAAACUCUCCGACAAUCCGCAUACUCUCAUGCAUCUUGUAGGAUUGGACAUGGAUGCAGGGCGCGAUUCUCGCAGCCUACAAACAUUGGGCAAAAAGCUGCAAACCAAGCUACGCCUGCGUGCUCUCGCCACCCUACGACCUCAUAUCGCAAAACUUCAUGAGGCUAUGGAGAAUGGGGAUUCUGGCACUGGCCAUAAGGGCCGCUGGAAUAAGCUCGAAACCGGAACCGAGCCGAUCCUUGGCCAGAAUUGUGCCAGGAUCAUGGCCUGGGUGCGCCUAAUCAUCGACGAGACUUUGAAGACUGAAUACGCGCUCUUCGUCCCCAAGGACGAGCGUAAAAUGCUUACAUCAGAGUCGAAGAUGCUGAAGAAGUAUUCUGACCAGACGAUGAUUCAGAAGCUUACUGGACGGGCAGUCAAGCCCACGGUUGAGCAGCGCAAUGAAUUCAGGCUAGGACAGUUGGCGCUUAGGGGCCCACCUAAGCCUGAGAAGGAGGUGGCUGACCAGCCUCAAGACCUGGCGGUAGACCAGCCCGAAGAGCGAGAGGCAAGCCAGGGUACUGAAGAGGUUGCAGACCAGACCGAAGCACAAGCGGCGGUCCAGCCCCAAGAACCGGUUGCAGACAAGCCGAAAGAGCAGGUCGCAGGCCAAUCCGAGGAGCAUGCGGAGCCUACCUCGCCGCGUGAAGAAACCAAGCUUUGA